AUGCCCUCUUACUUCUACCAUCUCGCGAUCGAUUUAUUUUCACGGCCGCAGUCCGAACUCAACACCUUUGCCAAAGACCCAUCGGUGAUAACCUCGUUAUCUUUCGACUCCGCUUGCGAGGCUCUCCUCCCCUUCCAAAAGCGCUCGUCAAUCUCUACAGACCGCGAUAUUCGCCAUCAGCUAUACAAGAAACACCGAUACUCCCCCGACUCUUCCAGUGAGAUCCGCACCCGCUCCGCACCGAACCUUAGCCCCUCCUCCUCGCCCUCCGUAUCGCCCUUCACCAAAUCACGCAUCAACGCAUCCGAGCUAGAGAAGGACCUACGACUAGACAAGAUCUUUAUCGAGCGCAUUGAUAUGGUACCUUCCGUUAGGGAGAAUCCGGUCACGACGGGUAUCGGGACCGAUAUCCUAGGAGGCCUCCGCACCAAGGGCCAGUACUUCCCACUCGACCAGAAAACUUCUGAGAGCGUCUGGGGAGUUGUACAUUUAUACCGGGAUGCCCAAGAGACUCCGUAUCUGGUCGCGGACGACUAUCCCGCCGAGCUAAAAGGAUCAUCUGCCGCAGUUGUGAGGCGAUCAUAUGCGGAACAGGAGCUUGGACGAGGUACCGGCAGCAGCAGCAAAGUGCGUCCACAGGGUGUUGAAUCUUCUUUGCAGCCUGGGGAGGACUGCAUGACGUUAUGCGUACUUGCUGUGCCGUCCUACAUGUCUGCCUCUGAUUUCCUUGGGUUCGUAGGCGAGGCGACGAUGGAUGAUGUCAGUCACUUUAGGAUGAUACGGACAGCGCGCGCGAAUCGGUAUAUGGUUUUGAUGAAAUUUCGGAGUGGUAAAAAAGCGAGAAAAUGGCAGAGGGACUGGAACGGGAAGAUUUUCAAUAGCAUGGAGCCUGAAACUUGCCAUGUCGUAUUUGUGAAGACCGUUGAGAUACAAAGUGUCGACUCGGAUUCUCAGGCUCACAUGUUGGCGUCGCAGCAAACUUCACUACCCCCGCAUACGACAGCUUCUCAGCCAGCAGCUAUAGGUUCAGCCUCGCUCUCGACAAAACCUCUCGCUCCCCCAACGCCGUCCUUGAUCGAGUUACCCACAUGCCCUGUGUGCCUUGAGCGAAUGGAUGAAACUACCGGCUUGCUGACCAUCAUAUGCCAGCACGUUUUUCACUGCACCUGUUUACAAAAGUGGAAAGGAAGCGGUUGCCCUGUCUGCCGUUAUACUCAAGACGAAUUCCGCAAACCGAGUCAAGGCCUCUCCUUUGGCGACAAUGAACCUGCCGAGUGCAGCACCUGCCAUUCGGAUAUCAACCUCUGGGUCUGCCUCAUAUGCGGCAAUGUCGGGUGCGGGCGGUACGAUAGCGCUCACGCAUUCGCGCACUAUAGUCAGACCUCACAUGCCUUUGCUAUGGACCUUUCUACACAACGUGUUUGGGAUUACGUUGGAGACGCAUAUGUGCACCGAAUCAUUCAGAGCAAGACGGACGGGAAGCUUGUGGAGCUCCCCGCGGCAGACAACAGCGCCCUCGACCCACCCGACUGGGCCGACGCAGUCCCCCGUGAAAAGCUGGAGAAUAUGAGCGUCGAAUACACGCAUCUUCUAACCAGCCAGCUUGAGAGUCAGCGAGCGUACUUUGAAGGUAUCCUCGAACGGGCUGUUGAUAAAGCCUCGCAGGCCAGCGCAGCAGCGGCAUCCGCCCAGGAAGCCGCAGAUACUGCCACCGCCACCCUUCGCAGCGUCGAAGGUAACUACGAUAAGCUAUGCAACGAAACUGUACCCAACUUGGAACGUGAUAAAGCACGAGCAGAGAAACGCGCGGAAAAGUUCGAGACGAUGGCGCGCAAGAUGGAGCGCGAGUGGCGCGAGGAGAAAACUAUUAAUGAGAGCUUGAUGGAGCGGAUCGAGCAUCUCACGGCGGAAGUUGAGACUCUCAAGGCGGCAAAUAUUGAUCUUACCGAGCAGAAUCGGGACUUGACGUUUUUCAUCAGCGGAUCCGAGAAGCUGAAAGAUCAGGGUGAAGAGGUUGUUCAGGGGACUGUUAGCGUUCCUGACCCUCCGAGCGGUUCGAAGAAGAAGGGAAAGGGGAGGAGGAAGUAA